CUGUUUCAUUUCAUGUUAAUAAAAAUAUUGAAAUUCAUAUUAAGUGAAGUUGAUCAUGCAAUUUCAUUCUAAAAAAUAAGCAAAAAAAAUCUAAUUAUGAAAGCAACUUUAGAUCCAAGAAACAUAAGUGUUAAUACCUAAUUUGGUUGAUUGUAGUAGAUUCAAACCAGAUCCAUCUAAAUGGUACCCACUCAAUACAGUCAAUAUUGUUGUUAAAAGCAAAUUCACUUUUUUAAAAGGAUUAGAACUAUUAGUAGAUGUUGUACCAACGAUUUGCAGAAGGUUUCCUUAAUUUUAUUUCAUCAUUGGAGGAGAUGGCUAAAAUGUAUAGAAGUCAUAUGGUGGGCUGAAUCUGUCAACAAUUCAAUUUUAUCAUCUCCUUAUCCAUCCUUAUUAGCUAGAGUAAAGCUAAUUGAAGUAAUGGACUCAUAUUUGGAUUUUAUUUAUUGA